GUAUAGAGUGAGGAUGAAGGGCAUAUGGAUCAUCUUAGUGGUGAUGAGUACGUGGAGGAGGAAGAAGAAAUUGGUUUUGGUUUGGAGGACAGUGAUGAAGAGUAUAGGACUGAGGUCAAUUGUAGGGGGUUGCCAGAUGAUGAAUGGCAUUCUGAUGUCUUAGUAAGUCCACAAAACAGUGGUAGUGAGAACGAGAGUGAAGAUAGACCACAACCAGGUCCAUUUCAGACAUAUGAGAAACAAAAAAGUAUGACAGAUUAUAAGUGGAAAGUUGGGACAGUAUUUGCUGAUAAGGCUCACUUUAUUGAGGCCAUUAGAACUUAUGUUGUGCAUAUUGGGAGGGCUUUGAAGUUUGUUAAAAACGAUAAGCGUAGGGUGAGAGUUAGAUGCAUGGGUGGACAAGGUAAGUGUCCAUGGACAACUUACUGUGGUUAUUUACCAAGCCGACAAUUUUGGCAAUUAAGGAAAAUAAAGGACACCCAUAUUUGCAGCAGGCAACUUAACAUUAAGAUUUUGAAUACAAAGUGGUUGAGUGAGGAAAUAGAUAGGUGCUUACAAGACAAUCCAAACUUGAAGGUGCAAGACAUACGUAAAAAAGCUUUACGUAAAUGGAAUACUAAGAUUUCCAUCUCCAAAGCACGAAGGGCAAAGUUGAUGGCAACAAGGCAACUUAUUGGAGAUUUCAAAGAACAGUAUAGAAGAAUACAUGAUUAUGGACAUGAACUUUUGAGGUCUAAUCCUGGGUCAACAGUUUAG